GCGGGAACUAUAAGAGCACGCCAAAUCGGCAAGUCAUAAUUUGGUGCUAUUUAUAUAUGCAAUUACAUUGCUUGUUUUUAAUUAAAAGUUGAACAAAACAGAAUUAUUUUUAAUAUUUGAUGUUCGAACUUUCAGUGAGCUCAGUACCCCCGAAUUCAAAAGAAUUUUAUAUCCCUUCAUAGGCCUAAUAGUGAUUGUGUUGAUAUUGGAUUGUAUAUUCAAUUUUAUUCGAAAAAUAAUUAUUUAUUUGGCUUCCAUGCAACAAUCUGCUUUUUCAUAUUCGGUGUGUUCGUUUGAAAGUUUUUAAAAUUGGCCGUGUUGCUGAUUAAACAAGAAUGCAUGGAGAAACGCAAAAUUUGCGGAAAUAAGCGUUAAAAUGCAUGCUCAAUCUGAAUGCCCCUGUAAAUUCUUCGGAUGGACCACAAUGGAAAAUCUUGAUAUACGACCAACUGGGCAGAGAUAUCAUCUCACCAUUACUCACUGUCAAGGAUUUACGUAUGCUUGGUGUCACACUACAUUUAAUGUUAAAUUCCCCACGUGAACAAAUCCCAGAUGUUCCUGCUGUUUAUUUCAUUUAUCCUUCCAAAAACAAUAUUCAGAUUUUAUGCAAGGAUUUUGAAGCAGGUAGAUAUGAUUCAUAUUACUUGAAUUUCAUCAGUCCAAUAUCACGCGAAUACUUGGAAGAAAUAGCUCAAACAGCAUUAUCUGAAAAUUGUGUUCAUCAAAUCUCGAAAGUUUUUGAUCAGUAUACUAAUUUUAUUUGCUUGGAGGAUGAUUUAUUGACUCUUAGCUCACCUAAUGACAGUCCUUCCACUUUUUAUGACCUUAAUCGUGCGAAGGCUACAGAAACUGAUGUGGAAAAUGUAAUCCACUCGGUUGUUGAUGGAUUGUUUUCAGUGUUUGCAACAAUCGGCUCAAUACCUAUUAUACGUUGUCCUCGUGGUAAUGCUUCUGAAAUGGUAGCAUCCCAGUUGGAUUCGAAGUUUCGAGAUAGCCUUCGAGAUUCUAGGAAUUCACUUUUUAUGAAUAAUUCAGCGCGUGGUUAUGGUAUCACUGUAAAUGAUGAUUCAUUUGGAGAUCGUAUGGGAUUGAAUUCGCCAUCGCCACUUAGUCUUUUAAACAAGAAUUCUCAAAUGACCUCAACGUCAAACUUAUUUCAGCGUCCACUGUUGAUUAUUUUAGAUCGCAGUUUAGAUUUGGCCUCUCCACUUCAUCACGAGUUCUCCUACCAAAGUUUAAUCCAUGAUAUCUUUAAUAUUCGUCUCAAUCGUGUUCAUGUGAAUUUGGAUUUGGCUAAGCCUAUUUCAGAUGAUGAGAAAUCCAAGGUACCGGGAAAUAGUACUAAGAAAUCGAAUUCCAAAAUAGUGGAAUAUGAUUUAACCGGAUCAUGUGAUCGUAUAUGGAGGGAUUAUAGAGGUGCUGCAUUUUCUGAUGUUGCAGAAGCUAUACACGAAGAAGUUACAAUACUAAAAGAUUAUGACAGACGUAUGAGUGAGCUAAAAUCAUCACUUGGUGGAUCCACGGAUAUAGAUGUACUGGCAGCUUCAUCGACAAUGACGUUUCUAGAUGACAAUACAGCUAAAUUAACAAAUGCUAUCAACUCUUUACCUCAAUUGAUGGAACGUAAACGAUGUCUUGACAUGCAUACAAAUAUUGCAACUUGUCUAGCUAAUGUAAUCAAAGACAGGCAGAUACAUUCUUUUGUUGAAGAAGAAGAUCAUCUUUUUGCUAAAAAUAACCCAUCCACGGAACAAAGUGUAAUCGAGUUAAUUACUAACCCGUCGAUUGGUACACCGGAAGAUAAAUUACGCCUGCUCAUUAUUGCUGCAUUGGCCGGUACCAGUAGAUCUGGUACCAAUACUAGUAAUACAUCAGGCAAUAUGAUUACUAGUGGAUCUGCAAGCUCAUUAAAUAAUCUUAGUACAAAUGCUGGUGGCAUUGAUUUUUGUUUAUCCGAUGCUGAAAUUGAUCGUUUGAAAGCAUCGUUACAAAACUCCUUUCCUGAUCUCGAUAUUAGUCCGGUGAAUUAUAUUCAACACUUUAGAAAAAUCCCAAAAGCUGGUCAGUUAGCUGACAGAAUAAUGGAAAACGUUAAGGGCGCUGGCAGUCGUAGUGUUCUGAAUAAACUUGUAUCACAUGGUUCUGCUAUACUGCUGACUGGAAUGAGACAUUUAAUUGGUCAAAAAUCUUACCUACCGUUUACUCGUAUUGUAUCUCAGUUGAUGGAAAAUAAAAGUGGUUCGGAAUUCGAAGAUUACCGCUAUUUCGAUCCGAAAUUGUAUAGGCGUCAAGAUGCUAAUAUGCCUCGCAUCAAACAACCUUUCGACGAAGCCUUUGUCUUUGUCGUAGGAGGUGGAAGUUAUGUUGAGUACCAGAAUCUGCUAGAUUGGGUUAAAUCAACUUGUUCCACUACAUCUGGCCAAACUAACUCGUCGUCAACAUCUUUAACAAAUUCUGUUAAUGGGAUAAACAGUAUUUCUGGCCCAGGAGGUCACGAUUCAUCCAAUGCUCCCAAUAUUGGCACAACUUAUUCCAAGCAUAUUACUUAUGGUUGUAGUGAUCUCAUUAGUCCGUCUGAAUUUUUAACAGAAUUAGGAAAACUUGGGAAGGAGUUGUAAUCGUACAUUUCUGAGUUAUUUCUGAUCAGACGACUCAGUGCUCAAUUACUUCAUGGAUACAAUGGGUGCUCUGGAUCUUACAUGCUCUGUAAAAUUUUUCUUCUGUGAUGAUACUUUUAGUAUCUGGUGUAUCAGUUAUCGAAAAUGUUUAUUUGAACUAACUUGUAUUUUUUUCUUUAUUUGUUGUCCUUAAUACGUGCCUAAAUCUCUUACUAAAAUGUUUUCUACUUCAGGAUUGUUUGAACAUAUUCUUAUUUGUAUCCACAUUUUAGAUUAUUCACCACUUAAUUAUAUUGUUUAUUCAAAAUUCUAAUGUUUGGAAAUAUAAAUAAUCUGUAAUUCAUUGUAAUUUUGAUUAUUACGUCAGGAAUAUAGCAGCUUUUGAACUUCCUGUA